UAUUUCUGCCUUUACAGGUAUUUCAUAUAAGGAACUGACUAUAGGUGUACCAAAGGAGAUCUUUCAAAAUGAGAAAAGGAUUGCCUUGUCACCAGCUGGAGUUCAAGCACUGGUUAAGCAGGGCUUUAAUGUUGUUGUGGAGUCGAGUGCAGGAGAGGCUGCUAAGUUUUCUGAUGACCACUAUAGACAGGCUGGAGCACAGAUCCAAGGCACAAAGGAAGUAUUGGCUUCAGACAUAGUUCUCAAGGUGAGGGCUCCAAUGUUUAAUCCUGUACUUGGCGUCCAUGAGAUUGAGCUGUUUAAAUCACAUGGUACCCUGAUCAGUUUUAUCUAUCCAGCUCAAAACCCAGAUCUGCUGAACAAACUAGCAGAAAAAAACACAACUGUCUUGGCUAUGGAUCAGGUUCCACGUGUGACCAUCGCUCAAGGAUAUGAUGCUCUCAGCUCCAUGGCCAAUAUUGCUGGUUAUAAGGCAGUUGUGCUUGCAGCGAAUCAUUUUGGUCGUUUUUUCACGGGUCAGAUCACGGCAGCUGGCAAAGUUCCUCCUGCUAAGGUUCUGAUCAUUGGAGGUGGAGUUGCUGGAUUAGCAUCUGCAGGAGCAGCUAAAUCAAUGGGAGCUGUAGUUCGUGGAUUUGAUACCAGAGCUGCUGCAUUAGAACAAUUUAAAUCAUUAGGUGCUGAGCCUUUGGAAGUUGACCUAAAAGAAUCUGGGGAAGGCCAAGGAGGAUAUGCAAAGGAGAUGUCCAAAGAGUUCAUUGAAGCUGAAAUGAAACUCUUUGCUAAACAGUGUCAAGAGGUUGAUAUCAUUAUUACAACAGCACUUAUUCCUGGUAAAAAUGCUCCAGUCCUCUUUCGAAAAGAUAUGAUUGAAUUGAUGAAAGAAGGCUCAGUUGUUGUAGAUCUAGCUGCUGAAGCAGGGGGGAAUAUUGAAACUACAAAGCCAGGGGAACUCUAUGUUCACAAGGGAAUCACACAUAUAGGUUACACAGACCUGCCCAGCAGAAUGGCUACCCAAGCCAGCACCCUGUAUUCCAAUAACAUCACCAAGCUCCUGAAAGCCAUCAGCCCGGACAAAGAACACUUUUACUUCCACCUAAAGGAUGAAUUUGAUUAUGGUACUCUUGACCACGUUGUUAGAGGAACAGUGGUAAUGAAGGAUGGAAGAGUGAUUUUCCCAGCACCACCUCCUAAGAAUAUUCCUCAAGCAGCACCUGUGAAGCAGAAGACAGUGGCAGAGCUGGAAGCAGAGAAAGCUGCUACUGUUACACCUUUUAGGAAAACAAUGACCUCUGCUUCUGCAUAUACAGCAGGACUUGCUAGCAUACUUGGGCUGGGUGUUGCAGCUCCAAAUUCAGCUUUCACUCAGAUGGUGACAACAUUUGGCUUGGCUGGGAUAGUUGGAUACCAUACCGUAUGGGGUGUGACUCCUGCACUUCACUCACCACUCAUGUCGGUGACUAAUGCCAUCUCAGGACUGACUGCUGUUGGCGGAUUAGCACUGAUGGGUGGGGGAUACUACCCUGGAACUCUGCCUCAGAGCCUUGCUGUUCUUGCUGCCUUUAUUUCCUCCGUCAACAUUGCAGGUGGUUUCCUGGUCACUCAGAGAAUGCUGGAUAUGUUCAAGCGCCCUACUGACCCUCCUGAAUACAACUAUUUAUAUUUGUUGCCUACUGCUGUGUUCGUAGGAGGUUAUGGAGCAGCCUUCCAAAGCGGGUAUAACAUUGAACAGAUGAUGUACCUGGGUUCAGGAUUGUGCUGUGUUGGUGCUCUAGCUGGCCUUUCCACCCAAGGAACAGCUCGACUUGGCAAUGCUUUGGGUAUGAUAGGUGUUGCUGGAGGCUUGGCAGCUACCCUUGGAGGUCUAAAACCAUCACUUGAGCUUCUGGCCCAGAUGUCGGGUGCGAUGGCCCUUGGUGGCACCAUAGGUCUGACAAUUGCUAAACGUAUCCAGAUUUCAGAUUUACCUCAGCUAGUGGCUGCUUUCCACAGCUUGGUUGGGUUGGCUGCUGUUCUCACUUGUAUAGCAGAGUACAUGAUUGAAUUUCCCCAUUUUGCAACUGAUCCAGCUGCAAACCUCACAAAGAUUGUGGCUUAUCUUGGCACAUAUAUAGGAGGUGUAACCUUCAGUGGCUCUCUUGUUGCUUAUGGAAAACUACAGGGUAUCCUGAAUUCUGCCCCACUCCUCUUACCAGGACGACACUUGUUGAACGCUGGUUUGUUAACAGCAAGCAUAGGUGGAAUGGUUCCAUACAUGAUUGAUCCAAGUUACACAACAGGGUUGACUUGCUUAGGAUCUGUGUCUGCCCUGUCUGCUGUAAUGGGAGUUACUCUGACAGCAGCCAUUGGGGGGGCUGACAUGCCUGUUGUUAUUACUGUCUUGAACAGCUAUUCUGGCUGGGCACUCUGUGCUGAAGGAUUCCUGCUCAACAACAAUUUAUUAACGGUUGUGGGUGCCCUGAUUGGUUCCUCUGGUGCCAUCCUGUCUUAUAUAAUGUGUGUGGCUAUGAAUCGCUCUCUUGCUAAUGUGAUUCUUGGAGGAUAUGGUACUACUUCAACAGCUGGUGGGAAGCCAAUGGAAAUUACUGGCACUCAUACAGAAGUGAAUAUGGACAGUGCGGUUGAUAUGAUAAAGGAUGCCAAUAACAUCAUAAUCACUCCAGGUUAUGGCCUGUGUGCAGCAAAGGCCCAGUACCCGAUUGCUGAUUUAGUGAAGAUGCUGAGGGAACAAGGCAAGAAAGUCAGGUUUGGUAUUCAUCCUGUGGCAGGUCGUAUGCCUGGACAACUGAAUGUAUUGCUUGCAGAAGCCGGUGUACCAUAUGACAUUGUUCUAGAAAUGGAUGAAAUUAAUGAAGACUUUCCAGAAACGGAUCUGGUCCUUGUCAUUGGAGCUAAUGAUACAGUUAAUUCAGCUGCCCAAGAAGAUCCAAAUUCUAUCAUUGCUGGAAUGCCUGUUCUUGAAGUUUGGAAGGCAAAGCAGGUGAUCGUUAUGAAGAGAUCUCUAGGUGUUGGAUAUGCAGCAGUUGACAAUCCAAUCUUUUACAAGCCCAACACUUCCAUGCUUCUAGGGGAUGCUAAGAAGACUUGUGAUGCUCUUCAGGCCAAAAUGAGGGAGUUCUGCCAGAAUUAAAUGUUAAAAGUGCUCUUUGGCCAGUAUGAACAAAAAAUCAAAAAAGUGUUAUGUAUCGACAUUAAAAGAUAAAGGUUAGAAGGUGCUCUUGAAAUGAAGAUCUUAAAAAAAGGAGGAACAUUAAGGUCCAGAAAUGCAGUGAAAAUUUAUAUAAGAGAGCAGGAAAAACAAAGAAGCAAAACAUUGAAACAUUGAAGUGAACUCUCUUGAGCAGAUCAGAACCUGGAAUAAAUACAGCUGAAUGCAGUAUAUUUUAGAGGAAUUUUCCUUUGGUAGCCACAAUUUAACACAAUGAGACUCAGGAAUUUGGAGGAUCUGUCUUUUUUGUAUGACAUAAGAUAUAAGGGAAAUGAGCAUUAGAAGCUCUUUGGCUCCAGACUUUGCUAAUGAUUCCAAGUGAAUAAUUUGGCUAAUCAAGAUUUCAGACCCUGAACUGGAUAUUUGUCAGCCGUUCUAGGUAGACCAGGCCUGGAAAUCAACUCCACAGGAAGACUACUUUUAUUGAGACUGGCUAUAAUAACAGAAUCUUGCAUAUCUGAUUGUGC